GGUUUAGGGCGGAGGAGGGGCGGGACUGAGGCCUGGGGUUGGACUAAGAGCUGGGCCUGGAGCGGAACGGGGAAUGGGACUGAGGGCUGGAUCUGUACGGUGAGGGUCUGAGACUGGAGCUCCGAGGGAACUGAGGUUCGAGGUUAGACUCUGCGAGGAAGAGUCCUGUGGAAGAACUGGGCUGAGAACGAUGUGGGUGAGGACAACAGUAACGAUUGAAAAAUGGACCGAGGAAAACACUGGGCGCGAGGCCGGCACCUGGGACGAGGGGGAGAGCUGCGAUGUAAACAGGUUACCCAGCUGGGAGAGAAGACAUCUGCUGCCUGGGGAGGCACCUAGCACCGAUGCAUCUACCUUCUCUGAAGGUGAGUGCAAGGAGUCUGAAGGGUGCUGCUGGAAACACAAACAGUAUUCUGGGCACAUCAUCCACCCCUUCUCUGACUGUGGCCACCACAACCUGCAUCUGCAUGCUGUCAGCCACUGUGACUGUGAUUCCAGGCAGAAGGAAUCCUCACAGAAGGCAAACAGUACCACCUCUUGGGACUCAAGCUCAACCUGCUCCCAAGAUGUGGGCUCAACCUGCUUCAACAUCAUCCAGAACCCUUGCUUUCCACUCAUCCCAGAGGAAGAGUGUGUGGAGCGUUUCUGAUAUGGCUGGUGCAAAAGCUACAGGCCUGUCUCUGUGACAGUGAUCCAUCAUCCCAUUCACCAUGAGUGUGGGACAGAUGACCUAAAUGAGGAAGAGGAGGAGGAAGAGGGGGAAGAAGAAAGCAAGCCUUCCAUCCCAACCCAGGUGGGACCCAUUGUUAUGCCCACUGACCCAGGCAAGGGCAAAAUCCCUGGUGCCCCUGACUCAGCAGCACCCAUCACCAUCUGGCGUGAGAGCCCCACAGGUAAGAGCCAGGGCAAUAAGGUGAUCAAGAAGGUAAAGAAGAAAAAGGAAAAUGAGAAAGACAAAGAGGAGGAAAUGACAGAUGAGAAGGCAAAGCUGAAGAAAAAAGCCAAGAAGGGCAAGUUGAUGAAGAAGAAAAGUCCAGUGAAAUUGGAGUUUUCACCUGCAGAUUUGAGCCAAUCAUUAAGCUCAAGAGAGUUGGCCUGGAUGUCAGAGUCCAGCUCAGAAAGCCGAGGAGACCUGGAGAGUGAAGACAGUUACCAUAACAGGAGGCAGCAGGAGCCCUCCAGUGAGGGUAUUAUGGAGUCAUCAUCGCCCAGAAAAAGAGAGACGAGCACUACCCAGGCCAAGAAGAAUGGGACAAAGACCUCUUCACAAGCCAAGAAGGUGACCAAGAGGAAACCUCCCCCAGUGUCCAACCCCAAUCUCAGUUGAGGGCAGGGUGAAGAAUAAAUGGCAUCAAGCCUGUAGCUGACCUCCUGUUCUCCUUCCAACAGGGGUACUUCUUGGGGGAGGCAGUGGGCUCUGGGCAUACUGGAGCCAAGGGUCAGGGACUUCAGGGGUUUUCUAAGGCCAAUGCAGCUUCCAAGGAAGUCAGUCCAUGGGAAGAUUGGUGGAAGGGAACUAGGGGGCACAGCUGUUUCUUUGUAACAUCUAAGGACCAAGGUGGAAGGGUACCUCUGGGGUUGGGGCAGGAGGGUAGACUUUCUAGCCCUGGGAGACUGGUAUGUGUGAAACCCACUUCUGGGAUAAGGCAGCGCUGAGCACCAAUACCAGCAAUAAACCGAACUUUUUCACCCUC